UGAACGGCUUUUGUGUACUAUGAACUUGUGAAUGCCUCUAAACAGGACUCCUGCUGUUUGCCUCUCACAGUUCAUCCUGUGCUCUGGGUGACCAUCAGCAGUCUAUAACUGCAAAAUGAGUUUAACCAAAAUCACGAACAUUGACGCACUGGAGCUAGAAGACGGUGUCCAGAACGCAGCCUUUCAAGAGGAUGAAGAUAGACCGCACUCUGAGCCCGCCAUCGUCUCCUUCACCGGGCAAGAGGAGGUGGCGUACACUCAGAUCAAGCCUUAUGCUGGAAUGCCCAAAGAGGUUCUGAUGCUAUACUCCAAACAAGCUCGCUACAGAGUUCCUCGAGAGAUUUUGUUCUGGCUGAUCAUCGUAUGCACUCUGGUCCUAAUCGGCGUGACCAUUGCGAUCGUGGCGCUUUCACCUCGAUGCUUGAGCUGGUGGCAGGUGUCUCCAGUCUAUCAGGUCUAUCCAAGAUCAUUCAAAGAUUCAAAUGCUGAUGGUGUUGGAGAUCUGAAAGGAAUCAAGGAGAAGCUGAGUCAUUUCGACUACCUGAACAUUAAAGCGAUCUGGAUCAGUCCUUUUUACAAAUCUCCCAUGAGGGACUUUGGGUAUGAUGUGGAGGACUUCAGGCAAAUUGACCCUCUCUUUGGAACCAUGCAAGACUUUGAUGACCUCUUGGCAAGCAUGCACGACAAAGGUCUGAAGCUGAUCAUGGACUAUAUACCUAAUCAUACCAGUGACGAACACAUCUGGUUCCAACUCAGCCGAAAUGGCACUGAGCCCUAUAAGGACUACUAUAUCUGGGUGAACUGCACGGAAGAUAAACCUCCUAACAACUGGGUAAGCGUAUUUGGGAAUUCCACUUGGGAAUACGACGAAACGAGAAAGCAGUGCUAUUUCCAUCAGUUCCUCAAGGAACAGCCAGAUCUCAACUUCCGUAACCCCCUCGUCAUACAGGAGAUGACGGACAUAAUCCAUUUCUGGCUACAGAAGGGGGUGGAUGGGUUCCGCAUGGACGCUGUGAAACACAUGCUUGAAGCCAAACAUUUAAGAAACGAACCCCAGGUUGAUCCUGACCAAGAUCCGUCGACUGUGGACACAGAGUUCGAGUUGUUUCAUGACUACACCUACUCACAGCUGGGGCUGCACGAGAUUCUGACUAACUGGAGGGUAGAGAUGGACAUCUACAGCAGAGAGCCCGGUCGCCACAGAUUUAUGGUGAUAGAGAGUUAUGACUACGAGGAAAUCGAAAAAACCAUGAGGUACUACGGCACAAGUUAUGCCACGGAAAGCGACUUUCCUUUCAAUUUCUAUUUGCUGGAUCUUCCUGACGCCCUGUCGGGAAAUAGAGCCAAAGAACUGGUUGACGUUUGGAUGAAAAACAUGCCAGAGGGAAAAUGGCCAAACUGGGUGGUGGGAAAUCACGACAAGCCACGCAUAGCCACAAGUGCUGGUAGGGAAUACGUGCGUGCUAUAAACAUGAUGUUGUUAACACUUCCUGGUACUCCUACGACCUACUACGGAGAAGAGAUAGGAAUGGUGAAUGUUAAUGUAUCUGUCAUUCAGGAUCCUUUCGGAAAGUUCAAUCCAAACAACAGUCGGGACCCACAGCGAACGCCAAUGCAGUGGAGCGAUAAGAUCAACGCUGGCUUUAGUGACAAUGAAACCGGCACAUGGCUUGAUAUAGCUCCAGACUAUGACACUGUUAACGUGGAGGCUCAGCAAGCCGAUUCCAAUUCCAUCAUUUCUCAGUAUCGAACCCUGAGCCUGCUGAGAGGAGCUGAGCUCGCCCUGAGCCGAGGCUGGUUCUGCUACGUCAGGAGCGAUACUAACGUAUUCGCCUAUUUGCGCGAAAUGGACGGGAAACAGAAUGCCUUCCUGGUGGUACUAAAUUUUGGCGAGGAUACUGAAACGGACCUGUUAUCAGUUAGUGAGCUUCCAGAUGUCCUUACUGUGCAUUUGAGUACCACACCAAUAAACCAGAAGACUUUUUCUAAAUCUAGAAUUCCAACAUCUAAAGGGCAGGGAUUGCUCCUGCAAUAUUCCACCAAUAAGAGAUUUCAUUCGAAUCAUGCAUCUGAGUGUUAUGUCUCAGAGAAAGCCUGCUACUUUCCUGCACUAGAUAUUUUGUACAAGUGCUGAGGAAACAUUCUAGUAUGAGGCUUCUAGUAGAAGACAUUAGUUUUUAUUAGUUUCUUGUAUGUUUCAUUUUAUUCUAUUAAAUAAACAAGUGUCUAUAACAAAAUCAA